GGGAGGGGCGUGGCCAGAGCUGGGGGGCGCCGGGAACGCGGAAGCGUUGUGGGUGCCGGUACCGGUACCGGUGCCAUGGCCGGGCCCUGCUGGGCCCCCCCGCGCCUGGACGAGUUCAUCCUCACCGAGCGUCUCGGCUCCGGCACCUACGCCACAGUCUAUAAGGCCUACAGGAAGAAGGACACCCGCGAGGUGGUGGCCAUCAAAUGCGUGAGCAAGAGGAGCCUCAACCGGGCCUCGGUGGAGAACCUGCUGACUGAGAUCGAGAUCCUGAAGACCAUCCGGCACCCCCACAUUGUGGAGCUCAAGGACUUCCAGUGGGACAGCGACCACAUAUACCUGAUCAUGGAGUUCUGUGCUGGGGGGGAUCUCUCCCGCUUCAUCCGGAUGCGCAGGAUCCUCCCCGAGAAGGUGGCUCGGGUCUUCCUGCAGCAGCUUGCCUGUGCCCUGAAGUUUCUCCACGACCACAACAUCUCCCACCUGGACCUGAAGCCUCAGAACAUCCUGCUGAGCGCCCCGGAGAACCCCCAGCUGAAGCUGGCAGAUUUUGGCUUUGCACAGUACAUGUCACCCUGGGAUGAGAAGCAUGUUCUGCGGGGCUCCCCGCUCUACAUGGCCCCCGAGAUGGUGUGCUGCCAGCAGUACGAUGCCCGGGCUGACCUCUGGUCUGUGGGUGUCAUCCUUUAUGAAGCACUUUUUGGGAGACCACCCUUUGCCUCCCGUUCCUUUGCCGAGCUGGAGGAGAAGAUUCGCAGCGACCGGGCUGUGGAGCUUCCCAGCCGGCCCCAGCUCUCCCCGGAGUGCCGGGACCUCCUGGGACAGCUCCUGGAGAGGGACCCUUUGAAGCGCAUCUCCUUUGAGAGCUUCUUUGCCCACCCUUUUGUGGACAUGGAGCACGUCCCGGGCCCUGAGAGCCUCUGCAAGGCGACCAACCUGGUGGUGGAGGCAGUGAAGAAGGAUCAGGAGGGGGAUGCCUCUGCUGCCCUCUCUCUUUACUCCAAAGCUCUGGAGUACUUCGUGCCAGCGCUACACUAUGAAAGCGACGCUCGCCGGAAAGAAGCCAUCCGGGCCAAGGUGGGACAGUACAUCUCCCGGGCAGAAGAGCUGAAGGCUUUGGUCACCUCCAGCAGCAAGGACCUCCUGCAGCAAGGGAACCCAGCCAGAGCACUCCUGAGAGAGAUGGCCAAGGACAAGCCUCGGCUCUGCGCUGCCCUGGAAAUGGCUUCUGUGGCCAUCGCCAAGGAGGAGGAAGGCAAAGAUGAUAGUGUCACCCUGGAGCUGUACCAGCAGAGCCUGGGUGAGCUGCUGCUGCUCCUGGCCGCUGAGCCUGCGGGGAGGCGCCGGGAGCUGCUCCACGCCGAGAUCCAGACCCUGAUGGCCCGAGCUGAGUACCUGAAAGAUCAGAUAAAGAUGAGGGAGGCACAGUCCAUGGGCAAGGAGGCACUGGCAGAGUCUGUCCGGAGCGCCUGUACCCUGCAGUGACACCCAGCCUGCGGGAUGCUCCUCACUGCCCUGCCAAGAAGUGGAGUGGAGGAAGGAUGAGGUUUUCCUCCCGACUGCAUCAGGGUAACCACCUCGGGCUCCCAGCCCCAGGGGUCCUGCGGAUGAGUCCUCAGGGCCAUCUGUCCCCUCCCCGGGCACUGGCACCACCUUCUUUCCCCACCGGUGGGGUCCCCUGGCAGCUCUGCCUUGACCUUCUGCUGCCACAGCCUCCCCUCCCCGUGGGGCUGGGUUAUUCCACUCCAGUUCCCUCUGUUGGCUGCACCCGGAUGGGUGUGCUGAUCCUGGCACCCAGCUCUGUCAGGGCAUCCCCUCUGCCAGCCUUUUCAGUGGGGUGGUUCUCCCACCUCCCCAAUUCUCUGGGAGCUGCAGGUAGGGGGUGGGGGACACUGCCUGCACCCACCCUCUGCUCUCCUGGGUGACUUGCUCACCCAGUAACUACCUCUCUGCACCCACCACUGCUCACCCAGCACCCGGUUGCACCUCUCACCCCCUUGCACCCUCAGCCUGACCCUUCCUUCUCUGUGGGAGCUGAGCCUUUUGCUGUCCAAAUCUGCCUGCAAUGGGGUCCAGCAGGUGCUGACAGCCUUGGGCAUUUGUGUCACGAGGUGUUACCAGUGCUCAGCUUGGCACCAGCUCCCCGGUGGGUGUAGACCUCGAGUAAAAGAUGAGCAGAAACCAGAAGCCUUCAGGGAUGGAGUGGCAGGAUUGCAAACAGUGAUACCUCCCUGACUGACCCCUUCUGUGCCUC